AUGCAAAAAUAUGCACAUUUAAAUUUUAGAUCUGAUAUCGCAAAACAAUCGUUUACUGAAACUACUAAAACUGUACCAGUAACAGUACCUGAAACAAUAAAUAAAAAAAAUGAUAUUUUACAUUUUGAUAAAACUCUUGUUAAGGUAUCUUCAAUAAGUGAUGUGGAAUUAGGUGUGUUUCCUUUGGAUGAAACAUCUACUUUGUCAAAAUUGCCUAUACAAAAUAUAGAAGCCAAAGAGGUACAUUCAGUGAAUCAGCCAUCAACAUCUUCAUUUGAUUCUGACAAAUUUGAUGAAAAUAUGAUGAACAAAUCUGAAGCUGCAUUAAUGGCUGCCAGUGAGAUCGCUAUUGAUGACACACCACGUCGUAUAUGUUUGAAACGUAGCGUUCGGCAACUCUCCAAAGAGAUAGUUAUAAAAAACAAGAAAUUAAAGAGUUUACAACAAACCAUACGACGAAAAAAUAAAAAAUUGCCAAUAUGCAAACCAUAAUUAAUGACAUCAAAAAUCAAAAUUUUGUUGAUGAAGAGACUAGUGUUUCACUUUUAGAAUCUUUUGGAGCAGGAAGGAUGUCACCUAGCUAAUAAAUUAAGAAAAAACCAUAUACUAUUUUUUAAACAGAAAAUGAAAGUAAAACUUGCAACUCAACUACUAAGUCAAUCAGUCGCAGACGCACUUAAAUUUUGCAAAGAUACUCUUAAAAUUCAUGAGUUUAGUAAUGCAGGUGCUACAAUUUCAUUUAUUGAGAUGUUUAAUAAGGUGUUUGAUAUAUUAAAUAGUAGAUCUAUCAAUUGCAUUGAAUCCAAAAAAGCACUUUGCAAAGAAAAUAUUGAAGAAAUUAAAUUGUUCACAAAUCAUUUCUGUACUUAUAUCAAAGGUCUUAAAAUCUUAGAGAGUGAUAAUAAUUUUAUACCUGUACUUGAAUCUAAACGUAAAACUGGUUUUAUAGGUUUCAUUGUUUCUUUAAAUAGUUUAUUGCAAUUAUACUCAACAUUAAUUGAGUCUAAUAAACUGUCAUAUAUUAAAGCUUAUAAAGUAAGUCAAGACCAUUUAGAAAUAUUCUUCUGUAGUAUUCGCUCCCAUGGUGGGUUCAACAAUAACCCAACAGUAAGACAGUUUCGCUCUGCCUAUAGAAAAUUAGUUAUACGAACCACUGACAUGAAGCAAUUUAAUACUGGCAAUUGUAUACCUUUAGAAGACAUCGAUAUUUUACAUUAUUCUAGUUCAGAUCCAGUCACAGUAUUAAAUAACAAUUCAACAAAUAUAAAUUCAGAUAAAAUUGUGGAGGAAGAAAAUUCACAAAAUAUAAAUUCAUUUAUAAUGGAUCAUGACUAUAUUGUGAGUAAUAGUGAUUAUUCUUUUAGUUAUUUUUCAAAAGAAGUUAUAACUUAUGUAGCUGGAUUUGUAGUUCAUAAACUUACCAACACACUUAAAUGUAAUAACUGCAAAUAUGCAUUGUGUGCUACUGAUAAAGCAUGUUUUUUAAACUCUUUUAUUACUCUAAAAAAUAAGGUUGGUGAUAGAGGUGGUUUAAUUUACCCAAGUGACAGCGUCAUGAAUAUUUGUUUCAAAACUGAAAAAGUAUUAAAAAAAUACAGCUAUAGGAUUAAAGCAGUCAAUAAAUUACAAAUUCAGUCAGAAGUCUUAACCCAUUUUUUAUACAACUCAAACUUGUUUGCAUCAUUAAAAACUCAUAGUCAUGAAACAAGAAGUCCAUUAACUGAUCACAUAACUUUAUUAAUAAAAUCAAUUACAUCAACCUACGUUAAUUUAAAAAUUGAUUACACUUUAAAAAACCAUAACGAAACACCAUCACUAAGAAUGUGGUAUAACAAACUCACGAUUUUUAAAGGACAAUAACCUUCUUUUCUUUGUAAAGUGUUGUAUACAUAUUUUGUAUUAAUGUAAUAACAACUAAUAAACACAUUGUAUUAUAAAUAAGUAUGGUUAAAAAAGUUAAUAAAUAUUUUACAGAUUGAAUUUUGUAUUUGUAUUUAUUUAUAAACGCCAAUCGGUAAUUUUAUGAUUGUAUUUGAAUCUGAAAUUUAAUAUAUUAGUUGGUAGUAAAUAUUUAUUAUACACAGUAAAAAAGAAUAUAUAGAAAGAGUAGUGGCGGUUUUGAUAAAACAUAAAAGGGGGGCUAUUUUCUAUUUUUGGGCCUCCCCACCAUAAUUAAAGCAAUUCGAUCAUUUAGUGUAAUUUCAUUUGA